AUGGAUUUUAUUUAUUUACUUUAGAAAUUAAUGGAUGUCAAUAAUGUCACGUAUUUAACACUAGAGGGACACGUGGAUUUACAGAACUACAGAUAUAUGUAUUUUUUAAUUACCCUUACUGUGUAUAUAUUGAUAAUUGUAUUUAAUGUUGUUGUUAUUUUUGUAAUCUUCAUAAACAAACAACUCCAUGAGCCCAUGUACAUUUUCAUUGCUGCUUUGCUUUGUAAUGCUCUCUUUGGAGCGACAGCUCUUUGUCCUAAACUGCUCAUUGAUUUACUGUCAGAAAAACAAAUCACUUCUUACCAUGGCUGUUUAUUUCAGGUUUUAUUUGUUUAUUGGUAUGCUGCAUCAGAUUUUACCCUGUUAUCCGCUAUGGCUUAUGACAGAUAUGUGUCCAUCUGUAAACCAUUACAAUACGCAACUAUACUAAAAAUGCACACUGUAAGAAAGCUCAUAUUUUUGUCAUGGUUUUUGCCUUGUUGUGAACUCAGUGUAGCAUUGAUAUCAAUAUAUCAACUUAAGCUGUGUAAAUUUAAAUUGAACAGAAUAUACUGUGAUAGUUACUCAAUUCUUAAAUUAAGUUGUAAAGAAACAUCUGCAAACAACUCCUAUGGGCUUUUUGUUUUCAGCAUUGCUGUAUUUCCUCCGGUGAUCUUUGUAAUCUACUCGUAUAUCAGGAUACUCACUGUGUGUUUGAAUAAUUCUAAAGAUUUCAGAAGAAAAGCUUUACAGACCUGUUUACCACAUCUUUUCAUUUUCAUCAAUUUUUCUGUCAACAUUUGUUUUGAAGUUAUCAAUACCAGACUAGAAUCAAGUCAAAUUCCCCACAUUAUUGCCAUGAUCCUGUCAGUUGAAUAUUUACUCAUUCCUCCUCUAUUCAAUCCCAUAAUCUAUGGAUUAAAACUACAGGAGAUUUGGAAGAGCAUCAAGAGACUGAUUUCAUGGAAAAAGAGGACUGGCAUUUCUUUUUAGGUGUAGAAUGUCUUGCUUUUAAUAAUAAUAAUAAUAAUAAUAAUAAUAAUAAAGUAGUA